AUGGUUACCAUAGCCCUCAUCGCUGGAAGUACUCGGUCCCCAAGGCUAGGCCCUGGUAUCGCCCGAUAUGUACACAACAUCGCCACUGAGCACGCCAAGUCCAAGGCCAUGGACGUAAAGGUCGACAUCUUAGAUCUCGCAGAGCAAAGUCUCUCUUUUUACGAUGAGCCUGGCAUUCCUUCGCACAUCCCCAAAGACGACCCGGUUCCACACUACGUCCACGAUCACACCAAGGCAUGGUCGAAAAAAAUCCGACAGUACCAAGGUUUCAUCUUCGUCACUCCGCAGUACAACUGGAGCGUGCCCGCCGGUUUGAAGAACGCUCUCGACUACCUGUGCCACGAAUGGACGGACAAACCGGGCGCCAUCGUCUCCUACGGUGGACACGGUGGCGACAAGGCCGCUGCUCAUCUGCGUGAUAUCAUGAAUGGUCUGCGCAUGAAACCGGUGUCUAUGGAUGCAAACUUGCGGAUCACAAAGUCACUGGUCGAGACGUUCUUCGAGGAUGGGACUUUGGAGGACGAGAUGGUUCGACAGUGGCGCGAGGAGGGUGUCGAGCAGCGGAUUCAGCAGGGUCUGGAGGAGGUGGUGAAGGAGCUGCAAUAA